AUGGUGUGCUACUUCAUUGAGUUUCACUCACCCACCUAUCUUCCGAUCGAAUCCCUCCGGAACUCUUCUCCCAACUCCUCAUCUCACGCCGGCCUUCUCCAUCCAACUCCUCCUCUCACACCCUCUCCUUCCAACUCCUCUCCGGCAAACAUCUCUCCGGCGAACCCCUCUCCGCGAACCACUCCUCCGAACUCCUCUCCAUCAAGACCGCGGAUCCCGGAAAAGGGAGCGAGCUCACCAGCGGAAGGGGUCUCGACGGAAGGCUUCGGGCAGAGAAGGAAAGAACGCGCACGCGAUCCCGACGAAGGAGAGCUCGGGAAAAAGGCAAGUUAUGCGAUUCCGGCGAAGGAGAGCUUGGGAAAAAGUGUCUUUUCAGAUAUUUUGAAUGGUAAAUGGAGAUAUUCAGAAACUCCAGCUAAACAGCUCAGAUAUGGAUGAUUAUAGGAACAGCAACUACAUGCUAUGUGACACUGCAUCCAAACUUCAAGGGUGUGACUGGAAAGUACUUUGACGAAGAACUUCGACGAAGAACUAUUAAGAAGACUUUGGGAUUUAAACGAGAAGAUGGUUAAAGCCAAUGAGUAAACAAUAUUCAAGUCAAGAGGAUAAGUAGCAUCUAUCAAGAUUCUUUAAGUUCAUGCAAUAAGAUGUAGUCGAUAGGAGUAGUUUUGAGUGUUUCCUAAUU